GCAUACAAAUUGCGUGCAGUUGAAAAUGGUUGCCAAUCGUCGCAUAGAAAACAGACCCCAUUACCCACAUACUCAGAAGAAUAAGAGACACAACUGUCACUCAGCGGGCCCUCCGUCAGUCAGAUAGCCCUCCAUCAGCCAGAAAGAUGUCAACUCAGAAUAUGAUCCAGAAGUCAGGAGAAUCGGGUGUCCCCGUCGGCCGGGUCUCCAUCAGCCAUGUCUCCGUCGGCCACAAAGAGUUCAUAGAACCGGAUUCCAUACUUAGCCAAUUUACAUACCUUGUAUUCAGCCCAGUAGAGGCCCAUUGUAAACGGGCCUCCCAAGCUCAAGACUUGGGAGCCCGCCCACAUUUUCUUUAUAAAUACUUCCCUUUGGAUAGUUGUAGUGGGUUCACAAAUCAUUUAAUAUAGCAUUCGUUGCACUUCUCUCUCUAGCUCUCACUUCUCUCUAAGAGGACAUACAUACCCUAUCAUUUGGUGCUUUCAUUGAGAGCUAGAACAAUCAAGCUAGCAUCCUUCGUCGCUACCAAGAACAGUUAACUGACAAUGGGAAGAGCAAGGUCAAACCGCAACAUCAUCGGCAAGGCGAUCCCUGAAACUCAGGAGGAUCGUGAGCGCUCCGGCGAUGCUACCGCCGAUAAGGUCACAGACGAGGAGGUCUUCCAAGAGACCAUCGACCCCACAACUGACCUCCGCAACCAGCUCAACGGCAAUGCUCAAGAUGCCCGCAUCGGCCUUGAGAAGAAACGCAUGGAGAGGGGAGACCAUGCGUCGGGGCAACAGACUACUCCCGUUGUUGACCCUCAGCUCCAGGCCGUUGUAUCGACCAUCGUAGCCACCUUGGCUCAGAACCACACCGUCCUCAACGCACUCAUGCCUAGGAUAGGGGAGAACACUACUCCACCACCUCCACCGCCCCAACCGUUAGUCAUGAAGGUAGGCAACGACAAGGGGGUGGAGGCCCAGGACACGUCGUCAUCUCAUUCUCAUCCUGCUUCCCUUCUUCGAGCUAGACCGACCCUAGCGCGUGGAAAAGUCUCGACCUUCAAUAGGCUAGGUGACACGUACCGUCGGCAAGUAUCGGAGAGGAUGACAGGAUGGAUUGGUGGACGUGAGCCUAGCUCACCAAGGGAAAGCUUGGGGUCCGUAUCCCGGACAGCGGAUCGGUCUCGCCUGGACAAAGGCAAAGGAAAGUUGCACAAGGGUGACGCCAAUAUCACAUAUAUAAAACUCAUAAUUUUUAAUUAUCUUUCAUAUGACACCAAUAUCACAUAUAUAAAGUUUUUUUUAAAACUUCGAAUUGUUGGAGUUUUUGGACCCAAAUUUUUCCUUAAAUAGAUCCAAGUACUAAAAUUCAGAUCACAUGAUUUUUUACACUUAGUCAUUGUUAGAACCGGGGGUAAUAAAAAUAUAAAAUAAGGGUGUAUAAAUAUGACUUGACCGGAUAUCACUUCUAGUCACGUAUAAAAUACGUUUUUCUAAAAGUUUACUAUCUACCCUUAUCACAGUAACCGAGUUGCAAGAUAGAACUUUUGGGAUAAAAAUACAAUGUACAAGUGUAUUUUAGCUACUAAUAAAAUAACACUUAACAAGUGAUUUGUAUAUAAAGUAGUCUAAAUAUUAAUCACUAUCAAUGCACAUAAUAGGAUAAAUAUAGCAAUAGUUUUUUAUUUUGGGACAAGAAAGAAAAGCUCGAACUAUAUCCCAUAUUCAACAUCCCGUAUAUAUAAACACAAGGAGACAAUUGUACAUAUGAAUCCAUAUGACUCCUCGGAAACAUGGUGAUGCUUUGAAAGGACACAUCUUUUGAUAAAGAAAAUCAAAACUGUAUUUUGAUCCAUGUACAUACGUGUACAAUAAGGAGUAUGACCAGGUCAUAUUGAAAAGUCAUGUACUUUUCCAAUUUUGUAAAACAAAAUUUGUGCGUACAUGAAUAUUAAGUCAAAGCCAUCAUUUUCCAUCUAUUAUAAUUAUUCAAUGACGUAAAUCAUUUACUUAUUCAUAACGAAAGUAAUGCUUACGUCCAUUUCAUAAUAAUUAUAAUUAUAUUCAUCCUUAAAUAUUAUUUUAAUUAAACUUCUCAACACCAAAUCAAAAUAAUAUUGUUCAGGAUCAAUGUUGAAUAUUUGAGCCAUAUUUCACAAUAAAUUUCCAACAAGUCACUCACGACAAUAUUUGUAAAUUAAAUCCUUAAGAUUAUUAUUAUAAUCAAUUUUAUUCAAAUAAUUUUUACGAAUUAGUAUGAUUUAAAAACUCAAACAUUCCCAAUGUAAAUUAAAUAAAUUUGGAGUUUAGUUUUUUUAUUAUUACACUAAGCCUAUUUUUGAAAAAAAUAAUUGAAAGAUGUAAAAACAUUAAUUGUGAGAUCUUGAUUUUAUCACUUCAAUUUCAAUUUUAUCACUCGAAUCUACUUAAUAAAAUUAAGAUCCUAAAGGUUUUUUUAAAACUUUAUAUGUACAAUAUUGAUGUCAUAUGAAAAGUUAUAAAAAGUUAAGAUUUUUGAUAUAUUUUUUUGUAAACAAUGAAAAACAAGUGAAAAAGUUAUUAAGCUUCAAAAAAGAAAAACAAUUAAUUUAGAGUGAGACAAAUCAUUUUCUAAAAUUUACUCUUUUUUGGAAUGGAAACAUACUCUUGUUUCUAAAACUUCUCUAAUAAUUUUGACCUGCAGUAAACGAAGCCGCUGCCCAAGCUUCCGACAGCUUUCAUUCCCAGCAAGUGGACAGCUUUGCCUGGGACUGCGAGGCUUCAACCAAGAGAAAAGGGGCGACGUGGCCCUUGACCAGCCGUCUUUGCUUCGCCUGGAGAAGGGAGAACCCGGUUCUGGGUACCGCUAGACAGAAAGGGAAUGUCCUCGAAGGUCAUACCUGACGGGUCUCCACGGUCGUCGAUGGGGAAGAAGGAACGACCUCCGUCCAGGGCUGUCUCCGAACAGAGACGAGCUAGCUGCGGCGGAGUCUGGCGACGCCGUAACUGAGGAGGAAAGUGUGCGGCGAUGCUGCGACUUGCUGGCUAGCAAGGUGUGAGAGCCUGCUGCAAGCGGCGUCCGGCGGCGCGUCUGGGUAAAGGAAAGAACGGAGAGGGGAGCUGUUGUGACGAAGGUGGAGGCCAUAGCGAGUUGCUGUUUCCCCAGUCCACCGAGAUCUGGUUUCUGGCUCUCUGCUUCCUUGAAUGAUUUGGUCCCAAAACUGGAGUGGCGGCUGUGACUCAACGAGCGAAGACCUCCUGCUAACAGUGUGGCGCCAUGAACAAUGACAGCGGCUCCGACCUGGAAACUGGUGGGGAGCUUCUCCGGUCAUGGCACUAUGGCAGGUGGCUAGGAUAUCUCAGCUUUAGCUGUGGGAAAUCCCCAGAUCCCAAAUUCAAGUUUCUUCGUUCUUUGUUCUUCCUUGAAUUUGUCAGAUUUCGACCUAUUUUUUGUACUUCCUAUGAAUAAUUUUGGUGGUUUUUGGGGAGGGAUCUCACUUGAUUGUGUUCAAAUCUCUCUAUGAGAACAACAUUUGAUGAGGGGAAAAAUAAUUUUAAUAUCCCAAACUUUGAAGGGGUGUGAGAUAAGUACUCCAAACUUG